AUGGAGCAGUCGUUAUGCCAUAGGAUUGCUUUGGCCUAUAAAGAAGAGCUGUCCCAUAUCAUCACAAUGACAGGGCCUCUGCUGUUUUCUCGAAUCUUCAACCACCUUCUUCCCUUUGUGGUGACUGUGUUCUGUGGACGCUUGGGCAAUGAGACAAUUAAUGUUACCACAGCAGCAACAGGAUUUGGUUUAGCCAUGGCCUGUGAUACUCUGGUGUCUCAGACUUUUGGAGGAAAGAACCUGUUGCGUGUUGGAGUGAUUCUGCAGAGGGGGGUCCUCAUCCUGCUGCUGUUCUGUCUGCCCUGCUGGGCUCUGCUCAUGAACGCACAGAGUGUUCUGCUCUGCCUGGGACAGGAGCCCGAGGUCACCAGAAUAUCACAGCUGUAUAUAACAUACUACCUUCCAGCUGUACCUGCAAUGUUUCUACACUACCUCCAAGUGUGUUAUCUGCAGAACCAGGGUAUAACACUGCCUCAAGUAUAUACUGCAUUGUUGGCAAAUAUUGCUAAUGUUGGGACCAACUACGUCCUCCUGUACUGGCUAGAACUUGGGGUGAUCGGGUCAGCAGCGUCUAACUCUUUGUCUCAGAUUUACAUCUGCGUGUUUUUAUUUGUUUACAUUCGUUGGAAAAAACUCUAUGCGGCGACAUGGGACGGCUGGUCUGUGGAAUCACUGCAAGAGUGGGGCUCCUUCAUGAAACUGGCCAUUCCCACCACUUUGAUGAAAUGUUUUGAGUGGUGGGUUUAUGAAAUAGGAGGCUUUCUUGCAGGAAUUCUGAGUGAGGAUGAGCUGGCAGCUCAGCAUGCUGUUAUGAUGUUCCCUCUAGGUGUUCAAGCAGCAGCCUGUGCUCGAGUGGGAAAUGCUCUUGGAGCAGGCGACACUUCUAGAGCUAUUCUUGCUUGUAAAAUCUCCCUCACGCUUGCAGCAAGCAUCGCCUUGAUUGAGGGUGUGAUACUUGGUUCUGCUAAAAAUGUGAUUGGCUACAUAUUUACCUCAGACAAAAAGAUUGUUGAACUGGUCGCUGAUUUGAUGAAUGUGUAUUGUUUUCUACAAUUUUUUGAUGGUCUUGUGUGUGUCUGCAUAGGCAUCUUUGUGGGCACAGGGAAACAGAAGAUCCCAGCUGUAGCGAACCUUAUUGGAUAUUACGGCAUUGGACUUUCCCUCGGUGCAGUAAAACGAGCAAACAGGAACAAUGAUGUCGACCAACCACUAAAUUUGUCUGAUGUCCACACCGAGUGCACUGACCGACAGAGAACAGGAGCAGCAGGCCCUCUAUCAACAUCUCAGCUCAUCAUCAGAAGAGGAAUCACGGUGUUAUCUGCCGCUGGGCUGUUUGCUCUGGGAGAAACUCAGACGCACAAUUGA